AUGUGGGUUUCAGCUGCGUUGGCACUUGCAUUUCUAUCCCUGGUGUUUUCGUCAUACCAUGUGCGGUGCGGUUGUAGCAACACCGUCAACGUGCAUGCAUGGUUCUCAAAGGGGUUCAAGGUCAAGUGCUUGCUUCUCCAGCCAGGCAGGCUGAAGCAGCGAUGGAAGCCGAAACAACAACAGGCAGUGCAAGGAAGAGAUGUGGGGUUUCAGGUGCAGCAGGUGUGGUUGUGGCAACAGCAUCAACGUGCUUGCAGUACCACUAGUUGA